AUGACAAUGUCCCUGGUCUUACUGGUAUCUCUUCUAACGCUAGUGUCGGCGCAGACAUGGUGUAACAAGAACUACAUGAGCACCGAGCCCAUCGUGCCUCCAGGCGGUGAAUUUCCUAUUCCUGCAAGUUCCUCCACGCCACUCCUUGCUCUACGAUGCGGACCUGCUCUUAGGCCAUACCUGGCGGAAGACCAAUACGGGGUUGUCGACGACCCGACAGCUGUGUCCAUCCUCGUUGACGCACCCACUACGUUUUCCUAUAUCGUCGGCGCGUCCCCCAUCACCAGGGCUCUCGGUUCUACUUUGAAGGUGACUGUUUCAACUGAAGGGAACAUUCUCGCUAGCGGAAGCGUGCCCCUCAAUGCUACGAAACACGUUCUUCCAUUUUCGCUGUCGGCUUUGACACCAAGAACUGAGGCGUACAACAUCUCCUGUGUGGGGGAGACAGAAGGCGGGGAACAAUUCGCGACGACAGCGCUACUGAGUUAUUUGCCUGCACCUCCGGAUGACAUUGGUUCAGUUACGAAGAUGGACAUGCGGACCGGUGGUCUCCUUGCCCGACCAGCGCACCAAGAUGGAGCGUACGAAAGAGUCUUUCCCUUGGGUUUCUACACGCAGUUUGACUCGUAUCUGGCUGUCAAUUUGUCCGCCAUCGGAAUAUUGAAGGAGCAAGGAUUCAACAUUAUUCAUCCGGUGCCAACAUUCUCGAACCUGACGGCACUCGAUGAGGUGUUGGAUGAGAUGGAGCGACUGGGCAUGUACCUCAUGUACGACAUGCGAGCGACGUACAUGAACAGUACAUCAGUCACCGAACAAAUCGACCGUAUCAAAUCACGCUCCAAUCUUCUCUUAUGGUACACCGCCGACGAACCAGACGGUACCUCCGACCCACUUAACGCCACCGUUCUCUCUUCAAACCUUAUCACAUCGCUUGACGGCGGAGAUGGACAAGGCGGGUCCGGCUACCACCCUGUAUCCCUGGUGUUGAACUGCGAGAACUACGAGUUCACGGCCUACGCGAGCGGGGCGGAUAUCGUCAUGCAGGACACCUACAUGAUUGGGAACAACGUCACGUUCUCAAGCGAGUGGGGCACGGUGUGCACGCCCGAUUAUGGGGAUUGUGGAUGUGACAAUUGUAAAGGCAACUUUCAAGAUAUAUCGACGAGGGAAGAUGAAUUUCGGGAGAGGAUAUUCAUCAAUGGAUGGGAGCUGAGUAAAGUGGUCUGGGCGGUCCCGCAGGCCUUUGGGAAUGAGUCGUACUGGAAGAGAUUUCCUACCGGAAAGGAGUUCAUCGUUCAGAGCAUCGUUGGGAUCAACCAUGGAGCUCUGGGCGUUGUACCGUGGGACGACCCUACUCCCGCCGAUAUCAAAGCCUCCGCCUCAGCUCUAGCGCUUUCCCUUCCGAAAAUCACUGCAUUCAUUCUUAACCCCGAAGUCGAGUUCCAGCAAGUGAUGACUGCUGACCGGAUCGAUGUAGGCUUGUGGACGGUAGGAAACGAGACGCUAGUUUUAGCGACGAAUUUGGACUAUGAAGAAAAGGUUCUUUUCUUGGCGCAGGUUGGUAUCGCUGAACUGGUCGCAGAGCAAGUGUUGGAUAGUGGCUCGCAGGUCAUCGUCGGUGACUUCAGCGUUACUUUGGAAUCUGUAGGCUCGGCCGUCUUUAUUGUACCGAGUAGCAAAUAA